AUGGCCAACACAACCGUACGUGGCGCGCAGGCCAUCCACGGUCAAAACCCACAAUUUCUAGUCGAGACGGUCAUCCGGAACCGUAUAUACGAGUCGCCCUUCUGGAAGGAGCACUGUUUCGCGUUAACCGCCGAGAGCCUCAUCGACAAGGCGAUAGACCUGAAGGCCAUAGGCGGCGUAUAUGGGAACCAGAAGCCGACCGAGUUUUUAUGCCUGCUUCUGAAACUGCUCCAGAUUCAACCCGAGAAAGAGAUUUUACUGGAAUAUCUGCAGGCCGAUGAGUUCAAGUACCUACGAGCUCUAGCCGUUAUGUACAUACGCAUGACCUUCAGUGCGGCCGACGUGUACGAAAUUCUGGAGCCGCUUCUGAAGGACUAUCGAAAGAUACGAUAUCGAGGCAUGAAUGGCUACUCGCUAACAUACAUGGACGAAUUCGUCGACAACCUCCUUGUGGACGAGCGAGUAUGCGAUAUUAUCCUUCCUCGGCUUACGAGGCGCGACGUAUUGGAGGAUAACGGGGAGAUUGGCCCCAGAAAAAGCCGUCUACUCGACGCCAUG